AAAAUGGCGUCCAAGUCAAGCGCAACAAACAUGUCGAGUUGUUUUUCGUGUUUACUGUCGUUCUCGUUGUUAUAAUGUAUUAUUUAUGUGCAGUGCAGUUUACAAAAGUGAAUCUUGAAAUAAACUUUAUAAGUGGAUUUAUUCUAAAUCCAGAAUUAUGUAAGAGCAAAGACGCAUAACUUGGUUCUUUUUAUCAAUGACUUUGGCUGCAAUACAAAUGAAUAAAAAUGGGAGAAUCGUACUUGUUGUUCCUUCUUGCAAUCGUAAUAGUACGAGCUUCUGUUGAUAAUGAAAGCUUUGAAUGCCCUUUAAAAUGUGAUUGUUUGAAGAAAUAUGUGGAUUGUUCAAGGAAGAAUCUCAUAUCUGUGCCAAAAAUUCCUAAAUGGGUGGAACAACUAGAUCUCAGUAACAAUCGAUUGAAAGAAAAUGUUACUGAUAGUUUCAGUAAAUUAACUAACUUAAAAGAACUAAAGUUAGAAAAGAAUUUGUUACAUCAUAUACCUAAAAUUCUAAAACUUAACCAAAUACAGGAACUUAGCCUUUAUAGAAAUAGUAUUUUUUCAAUAAAUUCGGGAUGUUUCCCAACAAAUAGUUCUAUUCGUAUCCUUAAUUUGAAUAGCAAUCACAUUAAGUUUAUAGAAAAUGGAGCUUUGAACAAUUUAUCUAAUUUAGAAGUUCUAAAAUUGAACAGAAAUGAGAUCACAUCUCUCCCUAAUCAUUUAUUUAUGAACCAAACAAAUCUCAAGACAUUGGAACUUAAUCAUAACAAAUUAAAUAUUAUUUAUGGCUUGCUUUUUCAAGGAUUGUCAAAUUUAACCACAUUGAAACUUAAAUACAAUAAUAUAGAAGAAAUUAUGGAUGGUGCAUUUUUUGGAUUUAAAUCUGUGAACUUGCUGCAGUUGGAUCAUAAUAAAAUUAGAAGUAUUUCUAAAGGAUGGAUGUAUGGACUUGAAUCUUUGACCACUUUAUCUAUGUCAAAUAAUUUUGUUAAAGAAAUCGAUUCUGGUAGUUGGGAGCUGUGUGCAAAUUUAAAAGUACUCAAUUUAUCACAUAAUAAUUUAUUGGAAAUAGAAGGCCGCACUUUUCAGCAUUUGAAAAAUUUGGAAAUUCUCAACUUAAAUUACAAUAAUAUUUCUUCAAUUUCCCAGGAAGCCUUCAGUCACAUGGUACAAUUAAAAACACUGCUUUUGAAUAAUAAUAAAAUAUCAUGGACUGUAGAAGAUAUGUCUGGUCCCUUCUCUAAGUUAUAUAACUUGAUGAUUUUUAAUUUAGCAGCCAACCAUAUAAAAUCAAUAAAUUCAAGAGCUUUUGAAGGUUUAUCUAACUUAAUAGAAUUGGAUCUUACAGGCAAUAACAUUACCUCAAUACAGCAGCAUGCCUUUGAUUCAUUGCCUAAAUUAAGGAAACUCCACUUAAAUUCAUCAUCACUGUUAUGCGAUUGUAACAUUAUCUGGAUUGUAAAAUGGAUGAAAGAUAAAAUUGAUCACAAAUAUGUUAGUGCUACCUGUGCUUAUCCCGCUGAAGUCAGAGGCCAACCAAUUACAAGACUCAAAGAAGAAAAUUGUGGUGAUUCACCUAAACCAAAAGUUGUGGAACAUCCUAAAACUCAUCUUGCCAUCAGAGGAAGAUCUGCUAAUUUAAUUUGUUCUGCUACAUCUAAUCCCUUCAGUAAUAUGACUUUUCUGUGGAGAAAGAAUAAUGGGAACAUUAGCAAUCCCACAGUAUAUGAGAAUGUAUCGUUAGCAAUUGGUGGCCCAUCUCGGGCAACAUCUGUUUUAGUUAUUCCAAAUGUGACUCAUGCAGACUCUGGAAAAUAUCAGUGUGUAGUAAGUAACAACUUUGGUACUACAUAUUCAUCUAAGGCAAAAGUAAAUAUUGUCACAUUCCCAAAAUUUAUUAAAACACCCACUAAUGUGACAGUAAAGACUGGAGAGACUGUGACUUUGAAUUGUGCAGCUUCGGGGGAACCAACCCCUGAAAUUUCUUGGAAAAAAGAUGGAGGUAAUGAUUUCCCAGCAGCUAGAGAAAGAAGAAUGAAUGUAAUGCCAACUGACCAUCUUUUCUUUAUUGUAAAUGCUAAGACAUCAGAUAUGGGUAUUUACAGUUGUGCAGCUAAGAAUCCUGCAGGAACAAUAAUAGCAAAUGCCACAUUGACAGUAUUACAGGAGCCAUCAUUUGUGCAUGUUAUGGAGAAUAAAGAAGUGACUAGUGGAGAUUCAGUGGUUUUACAAUGCAUGAUAUCAGGUUCACCCAAACCAGUUAUAAAAUGGUUAAAAGAUGGUACUACUAUAAUGCGCACAGAACGGCACUUCUUAACAGCUGAAGAUCAGCUGUUAGUUAUUAUUGGUACACAAGCUAGUGAUGCAGGGCGAUAUGAAUGUGAGAUUACAAAUGAUUUAGGAACAAAAAAAGAUAUGACAGAGCUGCGUGUUUUGCCUCCUGUGGCAAUUAUGGUGAAUGAAGAAGAUAUGACUGGAAUAAUAAUAAUAACAGUAGUGUGUUGUGCUGUGGGGACAUCUAUAGUGUGGGUAGUGAUAAUAUACCAUACUCGUAGACGUAUGGCGGGUUCUGUACAUACCCGUACGAACUAUCCCACCGAAAGUAUGAAAAUGACACAAGUAAUGCAUAGUGAUAGUGAAUCACCACAAAUGUACCCAGAUAAUAUAUCUGAACAUUCAUCUUGUAAAGACAGUGGUACUGGUGAUUCCGCUAAGCAGAACAGUUUUGAUGGUGUACCUGUUGAGAGAAAUGACCAGAUUAAUUUCGAGACUGUUGUCUGUCGGAGUUAUUCUCCUGUGCCAGAAGCACAUAAACUACUACCUUCUUCUUUUAAACCGUCUAUUCAAGUUUGUGUAAAUAAUUCUGUAACCCCAGCUACUUACAGUUUUUCUAGUCACAGUGAUAAUGUUUAGAUAUUAACAAGAUAAUAUUGGUUUCCUUAAAGUAAUUUAAUUUUAAUUAUUUACCAAUGCACUUUCACUUAAUACAUCUUAACACAAACUAUUUUUUUUUUAAUAGAUGGUGUAAUAAAACUGUAGACGAGCCAGAACAGUAACAUUGGUUUUGUAAUUUAAUUUUAAUAAAGUAUUAGGUGUAUUUAGUGAAAAAAGCAUUGUCAUUAGGCAGCUAUGAACUUGUUUGCUCUAGUACAAAAUGUAACUAACUUGCCAGUAUUGGUUUUGAUAUAAGACUGAAUGUCAUUUAAGUAUAAUUCUUGUUAAUUUUUGUAGUUAUAAAUAAUCCUUAGUUUGUGUAUGAAACAGAGUUUAACAACCAGAUGACAAAAAGGAAAUAUUCACAUCCAAUAUUCAAAAAAAUAUUUAACUUGACUCCAUCUUGUAAUAAUACUGGGAAAGUAGAGACUACAU